AUGGGAGAGCCUAAAACAGACCUCCAGGUAGCUCCUGAGGGAACUGCAAAAGCAGAGACUUCGGAGUCCAAGGACAUUCUCCCACCGUCACCGCCUCCCACAGAUGUUUCAGACCAGGAUAAUGAACAUGUGGAAAUUCCGUUUCCACCUCCAACGACGAUGCCUACUGGGACGCUAGAGAUUGACUUGAAGACUCCGGAUAGCCAUGUACCACGGGAUCCAAGACUGAUACGACUGACCGGUGUUCAUCCUUUCAACGUUGAAGCACCAUUGACUGAACUUUUCAAUGAAGGUUUCCUUACCAGUCCAGAGUUAUUUUACGUUCGAAAUCACGGAGCUGUGCCGCAGGUUAACAAUGAGGAUAUUAUCGGUUGGGAAUUUACAGUUGAAGGAAUGGUCGAGAACCCUAUGACAAUGUCACUGAAACAAUUGAUGACCGAGUACGAGCAAGUGACUUGCCCCAUAACCUUGGUAUGUGCGGGCAAUCGACGGAAAGAACAAAACAUGGUACGGAAAAGCAAGGGAUUUUCUUGGGGAGCGGGUGGACUUUCAACUGCUCUUUUCACUGGCGUUAUCAUGUCUGAUGUGAUUAAGAGAGCGAAACCUAAGAGAAAAGCGAAAUACCUCUGCAUGGAAGGGGCCGAUAAGCUACCCCAUGGACACUACGGUACAUCUGUGAAGCUAAAUUGGGUCAUGGAUCCUAAUCGUGGCUUUAUGCUUGCUUACAAGAUGAAUGGUGAGAUGCUGAGGCCGGAUCAUGGCAAACCCUUACGGGCUGUUGUCCCGGGGCAAAUUGGUGGGCGUUCAGUCAAGUGGCUGAAGAAGCUGAUCGUCACCGAGGGACCAAGCGACAACUGGUAUCAUAUAUAUGACAAUCGAGUCCUACCUACCAUGGUGUCUCCCGAGGAAUCCGCAAAUAACCCCAAGUGGUGGACAGACGAAAGAUAUGCAAUUUAUGACCUCAGCCCCAAUUCCGCCAUCUGCUAUCCUCAACAUGACGAACAACUCUGCCUCACGGGUGCCCCUAGUACCUAUCGCGCAAGGGGAUACGCAUACAGUGGAGGGGGCCGUCGCAUAACGCGGGUUGAGAUAUCCUUGGACCAAGGCAAAUUGUGGAGACUGGCCAACAUUGACUACAUCGAGGACCGAUAUCGCCAAGUGGAAAGAGAUUUAUUUGGCGGUCGACUUGAUAUGUCCUGGCGCGAGACGUGCUUCUGUUGGUGCUUCUGGUCAAUCGAUCUGCCAACGAGUGAUGUCGCUGCUGCGAAAGAUAUCUUUGUCCGAGCAAUGGACGAAAGCAUGAAUGUACAACCUAGGGACAUGUACUGGUCGGUUCUCGGUAUGAUGAACAAUCCCUGGUUUCGUGUCACGAUUACAGUGGAGGGUGACUAUCUUCGCUUUGAACACCCUACACAACCUGCUCUCAUAUCUGGUGGUUGGAUGGAAAGGGUCAAAAAGGCCGGGGGAAACCUUGCCAAUGGAUUCUGGGGCGGAAAGCGGGAAGGCGAAGACAAGGUAAUACCUGAUGAGGAGCAGGCUAAAGAGAUCUCCAUGGUAAAGGAGGGCUUGAAGAAGUCCAUUACGAUCGACGAACUGAGAGAACAUGACACCGAAAAGCAGCCCUGGUUUGUCGUCCAUGGCGAGGUAUACGACGGCACAGCGUUCCUCGAUGAACAUCCGGGGGGUGCGCAAAGCAUCAUUUCGGCAGCGGGAACUGACAGUACGGAUGAGUUUAUGGCGAUCCACAGCGAAACAGCCAAGGCAAUGAUGCCAAAAUACCACAUUGGCUCCUUGGAUGAAACGGCUAAGAGCGCCUUAACCGAAGGCGAGACCGAAGCCAACCAGUCUGCCAUUCCUACGGAGAUAUUCCUCAAUCCCAAGGUAUGGAAGAAAGCCGUCCUCCAUGGCAAGAAGACUGUGUCGUGGGAUACACGCAUCUUUACGUAUAAGCUGGACAACCCAGAGCAACGACUUGGAUUACCCAUUGGGCAACAUUUGAUGGUGAGGCUUAGAGAUCCUGCGACGCGCGAAGCCAUCAUUCGGAGCUAUACGCCGAUUUCAGAGAUCAGUGAUCAAGGAUAUGUGGAAAUGCUUGUCAAGGUGUACUUUGCCAAUUCUGCCGGGAAAGGAGGAAAGAUGUCUCAAGCCAUGGAUGCCCUGCCAAUUGGGCACUUUAUUGAAAUGAAGGGCCCCGUUGGCAGGUUCGAGUAUCUCGGAAAUGGCCACUGUCUGAUUCAGAACAAGCCGAGAUUGGUCAAAUCGUUUGUGAUGAUAUGCGGUGGAAGUGGCAUUACCCCCAUCUAUCAAGUUUUCCGAGCAGUCAUUCGAAACCCUGAUGACAAGACGAACUGCAUCAUCUUUGACGGCAACCGACUCUUUGAGGAUAUCCUCUGUAAGGAAGAGCUCGAUGCGCUGCUAAAAGGCAGGGAAGAUAGAGGCAAGAUUCUCUACACUCUUACGAAGGCCCCAGAAGACUGGACAGGCUUGCGGGGACGAAUUACCGGUAAGUUGGUCCAGGACCACUGUAUCAGGACAGAGGACACGUUGGUGUUGAUCUGCGGGCCGGAGGCGAUGGAGAAAACGAUGCACACGGCUCUACUUGAGCAGGGAUGGACUGACGACCAAUUGAUGUUCUUUUGA